AUGCAGACGGGGAGUUCAGGGGAACUGCGGUCGGCGUCUGGAUCGACGGAUACGAGAGGGAAACACAGGAUUUCUGCUGAAUUGAAGAGGCUCGAGCAAGAAACUCGAUUCUUGGAGGAAGAACUGGAAGAGCUCGAGAAAAUGGAUAAAGCUUCCGCAGCCUGUAAGGAGAUGGUGACUAAUGUUGAAACGAGACCAGAUCCAUUAGUCCCGGUAACAAUUGGUCCACCAAAUCCAUUAUGGGACAGAUGGUUUGAAAGACCGAAAGAUUCCUCUGGAUGUCGAUGUUGGAUACUAUGA